CCUCAUAAUUAUUGUCACGUUCUUUUUCUUUCUUCUUAUAAGUAUCAACCUUGAACUAAUUUCAUCACAUUGAUCAGAAAAUUAAAGAUGGGUAGAACUAGAAUGCCAAGUUUUUGCCUAAAUAGAAUUAGGCCUCAUGUUCAAAUUCGUUCACCACCUAUACAAGCCAACAACAUUAAUGAGAAUUUUGCUAAGAAAGUUGAAGGUGAUGAUCAUGAAGAGAAAAAUGAUACUUCAUCAGCCAUGUCUGAGGAAAAAAAUGCUGGUGAUAUCGCGAAACCGGCACCUUUAAUUGGCCGAAAAAUUAUGAUUUUAGUAGAUUCAAGCCUUGAAGCAAAGAAUGCAUUGCAAUGGGCAUUAACUCAUACUGUUCAGAGCCAUGAUUUACUUGUUCUUCUCUAUGUUACUAAACCUUCUAAACAAGAUGAAGAAUCUAAAAAUGAAAUAAGUCCAAGAAUCUUUGAAUUUCUUGCUUCACUGAAGAAUACUUGCAAGCUAAAAAGACCUGAGGUCCAAGUGGAAGUGGCAGUAGCACAAGGGAAAGAGAAAGGUCCUAUAAUAGUAGAAGAGGCCAAGAAACAAGAAGUGUCACUUCUAAUCUUAGGCCAAAAGAAAAGGUCCAUGACGUGGCGGCUAAUUAUGAUGUGGGCCGGUGGUAGGGUGGUUGCCGGUGGUGGAGGUGGUGGUGGUGGUGGUGGUGGGGUGGUAGAGUAUUGUAUUCAGAAUGCUAGUUGCAUGGCAAUUGCAGUAAGGAGAAAAAGCAAGAAACUUGGUGGAUACUUAAUCACUACCAAAAGACAAAAGGAUUUCUGGCUUUUGGCUUGAUUUUCAGAUAUUGAUUCAAUUAAAGAUUGGUCUUAAUAUCUUAUAGUGCUUCUUGUAAAUUCGUAAUUACUGUGUAACUUAUAUGGAUUGGGAAGUGAAAUGGAAAGUUAGUGAGUCAAAAGAUAAUUGUUGGGCA